AGGGAGGUUUUUGUAAUUUUUUUAUUAUUAUUAUACUGUGAGUUUUCUCUCACUUGGUAAGAUGGAGGAGAGCUUCCCUUAUCAUUACACUUUAUUGGAGUAUCUGUUUACUUUGUUAGGACUGUUAUUGUUCCUGCUGGAUAUAGCGCUGGACAUUUGGACUGUUGUGUCAUUCUAUCAGGAUGGGUCCUAUGUGUAUAUGGCAGUGAUGAUCUUUCUGCUGCUGGGCUCUUCGGUGUUGUUACAGGUGUUCAGCUGGCUCUGGUACUCUGAGUUACUGGAGAAGAUUGAGACUAAGGUGGAGAAAUUUACAGCCCGGCAUUCAUUGAUCAAACCAUUCCACUUCCUACAGCUUGGAGUCUACCUCAGGUAUGCUGGAGUGAUAGAGAUCUCCACAACACAUUUUCUUCAGCACACUAAUAGUUUCACAGAGGGUAUAGCUGUGUACCUGAGCCACGAUCUUCAGAUGCUUCGUCUUUUUGAGACAUUCUCUGAAAGUGCCCCACAACUCACACUCAUGAUGUCUAUAAUCCUACAGAGAGGAGAGCUGGAGCUUAUUACAGGUUUAAAAAUCCUCACAUCAGCUGCUGCAAUUUCCAGUAGCGUUGCUAUGUACCACCGCAACAUGCGUGCCUUUCUUCCUAAAAAACGCAAGAUGAGUUGGAUCUCCACUGGUGUCUACUUCCUGUGGAACUUGUUGCUGAUCAUUCCCCGUGUAACUGCUCUGGCACUCUUCUGCAGUGUAUUGCCAUGCUACAUCAUAGCUCACUUCCUGUCCCUGUGGAUGCUGCUGGUUUUAGCGGCCUGGAGCCAGAAAACAAAUUACAUGGAACAUUCUGGUUGGGAAUGGCUCUACAGAGCUUCUGUUGGACUCAUCUGGUACUUCUGCUGGUUUAAUAUAUCAACAGGAAGCAUAAAAUUUAAGUCAAUUCUCUAUUAUAGCUUCAUGGCUUUGGACACAAUGAUGCUGCUGGGCUUCUGGUGCUGGAGGGUGUUUGAGUAUGCAGGCUGCUGGAGAUCCUUAAACCCGUAUAUGGUGAUUCCGACACUACUGGGUUUGUACGCCAUUGGAAUACUAGUGAAAAUUAUGUACUACAGGUAUUUUCAUCCCAACUGCGACGAAAAGAAAAUCACUGAGCCCACUGAAGAAGGGCAAUUCAUUCAAGUGGCAAAUUCUGUUGUGAAGGGUUUGGGAAAUAAUUCACGUCACACUAGAGCUGCAGCUCCUGCUCAAACUUUAUCUGGAGUUCCCAAUAGACAUAGGAAAAUGGCUGCUAACUUCUUCUCUUAGUUCUUGGUUCUACUUGUUAAAAUACCCC